ACGUACCAGACUCUACAGAAACAUGUUAUGGACAAUAUUCUUACUGGUGAACGGGCUUCUUUUACUAGCUCUUCUUUACUCCACUCGGACAAGACAGAGAAAUGAGCCACCUCUGGACAAAGGUUUUAUUCCGUGGCUGGGACACGCUCUGGAGUUUGGAAAAGAUGCUGCAAAGUUUUUGGCCCGGAUGAAGGACAGACACGGGGAUAUCUUCACUGUACGUGUUGCUGGUCAUUAUGUGACAGUGCUUUUGGACCCAAACUCAUUCGAUGCCGUGAUGAAUGACACCGUCUCCUUGGACUUCACCCGCAACAGAAACCAGCUCCUACAAAGGAUCUUCAGUCUGCAGCUGCCGAGUGUCAAACCCACAGCAGAGAGGACAUGGAUGGAAGGGCAUUUUCAGGGUUUCAGUCUCUCCAAGCUCAGCAGCUCCAUGAACACUCACCUCCAGAACCUGCUGCUGAGUGACCAGAGAGGUUACAGCCCGUCAGAGUGGAGACAGGAUGGACUCUUCAGCCUUUGUUACAGCCUACUCUUCAGGGCCGGAUAUCUCACACUGUUUGAGAGGAGAGACAACGCCACUGCAGUCUACAAUGAGUUUCGCAAAUUUGACCAUCUUCUCACCAAACUGGCUCGCUGUUCACUCAAGCGAGGGGAAAGCGAAACAGCCACUUCAUCCCGGGAGCGACUGUGGGAGCUGCUGUCUCCAAACUGGUUGAGCGGAGAGUCAGAGUCGAAUUCCUGGCAGCGGAGCUACCACCACUUCCUACAGGAGGCGGGAGUGGAUGCAGAAAUGCAGAAAAGAGCUUUGCUCUUGCAGCUGUGGACCACACAGUGCAACGCAGGACCUGCUGCCUUUUGGCUCCUCGGCUACCUGCUCACUCACACUGAGGCCAUGGAGGCUGUUAAAUCAGAGAUCAGAGGCCUUACUCCCCGGGACACUUCCCUACAGCAUCCCCCCAUCAACCUGCUGGGAGCACACAGAACACCUGUGCUCGAUAGCGUUCUGAGCGAGACCCUACGGCUCACCGCCGCGGUAAUGAUCAGCAGGGAGGUGGUGCAGGACAAAAUCCUGCACAUGGACAAUGGACAGGAGUACCACCUCAGACGAGGGGACAGAGUGUGUCUGUUCCCCUUCCUCAGCCCUCAAAUGGACCCACAGAUACACCCAGAACCACAGAUUUUCAAGUAUGAUCGCUUUUUAAAUGAAGACAUGACAGUGAAGGAUAAAUUCUACAAAGACGGAAACAGGCUGAAGUACUACACCAUGCCCUGGGGUGCAGGGAGAAACAUCUGCGUUGGGAAGGAGUUUGCUGUUACAGUCAUUAAACAAUUUGUGUUUCUGCUCUUGACCUAUCUCGACCUGGAGUUGUGCGACCCAGACGCUAAACUGCCCCCAGUUAAUCCCAAUCGCUACGGCUUCGGGAUGCUCCAGCCAGACGGAGAUGUGCAGGUCCGGUACAGACUGAAGAGGACACGGCGACAAAUGUGACUCCAUGAUUUAACUGUACAUAACUGUAAAAAUUGUUGAUUGAUGAAUGCUUCUAUUAUAUGUAUUGUAGCUUUAUUUAUA